UGAUCGAAGAAUGUAUGUCUUAUAUUCGAAUUUUGACAAACAGUCAAUGUAAAUUUCCUUUAUGAUAGUUUCUCUUAUUUCAAUACGAUAUUGUAUAUUUUGAAUGGCUACAGCAUUCGCUCGUCCGAAAUUGAGCAUCAACAGAACAGGAGGUGUAUUUUCGCCCACACGUUCUGUCCAACCAAAAUCACUCCCAGAAAAGAAUAAGGGUGUCGACAUAUAUAAAUCGAACAAAUUCAGAUUAGAUCACAGCCUCCUGGAGCCAGAUUCGCAAUUCACUUACCUACAAUUUCUCGAAAACAAUCCUCUGAAGUUGUCUAUUCAAAAACUCAAUGGAAAGAUGGAAUACAAGUCGCAAAAAAGGUUAGAUCUCGACAAAAUCGAAGAAACGUAUUGGUCUCAGUGGAAGCCAAACAAGAAUGGCAUAUUUAUGGAUACUGCUAAGAUUGAAAACAAGAAUAAACCGAUUGUUAAGCCUCAAAAAAGCACCCGAGGUGAAGGGGAUAGGAAUUAUAAUUUGAAAAAUGAGCAAAUAGAAGUGAGAAAUGAAACAGGUCCUUUGGAGUUCAAGCAAUCUAAGCCGCUAUCGAAAAUAGACGAAUUAACAGAGGAUGAUCGAGACCCUGAUACAUCAUCCAGCACGACCAACGUAGAAGAACCUAAAGAUUUUAAAUUCUUGAGGCACACCGAUUCCUUCAUAUUAAACAGUAAAAAGCAGUCAGAAGAAAAGCCCCAUUUUCAGCAACCACGAUGUAUACGUUUGUAUAAAAAAAAUUCUUCUGGUAGUUAUAUCAAGGGUGGCUCUUAUCCGUUAAAACCCUGCCUGAAGAAAGAAUCUACUUUUAAGGGUUACAACAGACGACCUCUCAGUGGAACACCUUAUAGCGCGAGCAUUUUCAAAUCAGUCAAAAAUAAAAUAAAACCUAAAUGAAGAAUUAACAUAUUGCCAAUGUUUUUCCACAAAAAUUAUUCAAAUAAAGUAUUGUUCCAUAA